AUGGCACCGUAUGAAAUGCUGUAUGGAAGAAGAUGUAGAACCCCGGUUUGUUGGGGAGAAGUAGGGCAAAGGGAACUCGCACCAAAAGAUGUAGUGGCGAUAACCAAUGAAAAGAUCGACGUUGUACGGGCCCGACUAAAAGCAGCACAAGACCGACAAAAGUCCUAUGCAGAUAAAAGAAGUCGCCCUAUUGAGUUCCAAGUGGGGGACCGAGUAUUCUUGAAGGUGUCUCCGUGGAAAGGAAUAAUUCGAUUUCGUAAGCGAGGAAAGUUGGGUCCCCGAUAUAUCGGACCGUUUAAGAUUCUAGCUCGAAUUGGAAAGGUAGCCUAUCGAUUAGAACUACCUCCAUCAUUAGAAGGAAUCCACAAUACUUUUCAUGUGUCACAAUUGCGGAAAUGUUUAACGGAUGAAGCGGCUCACGUACCUCUUGGAGACAUCGAAAUAGACAAGAAGAUGAAUUACAUAGAAAGACCGGUAGCCAUAAAGGAUUCCAAGAUAAAGACUCUUCGCAACAAAGAAGUUAAGCAAGUAUUGGUUCAAUGGCAACACCGAAAGGGGUCGGAUCUCACUUGGGAAUCGGAGAACGAGAUGAGAAGGUUCUACCCGUUUUUGUUUGGUACGUAA